AUGUCUGCUCAAAGCUAGCUAUAAACACAAAUGGAUAGGGAUAAAUACUUUUUCACCAGUUUAGUUUAUUCUAAUAUAAUAAAAACGGACUUUGGCUAUGUCGGUUUUAUGAUUACUGAGGGUUUAUGGUUUAAACUAAGAGUUUAUUAUUGUUUUGUAAUCCCUAAAAAAGUGAGUAUUACUGAACCAGAAAUAUUCACAUUUGAUGAAUUGGAGUAAGGUUUGGCUAAAAUAGAAUAAAUUAAAAAGGAUAUACAACAAAAUUGA